AUGGCAGAUUUCGCGGUUGAUCUAUUAAAACUCACACCAGCCGUAGAGAACAUGGUAAUGUCGCCGCUUUCUCUGAUUGCCGCUUUGAAAUCUGAAAAUGAUGUCUCGGAACUACUCCGAAAACUCGGUGCAGCUGAAGCUGUAACAAUGUCAGUGGCCACGAAAUUAUUCCUAACAGAAAGCAUGGAGAUACGUCAAGAAUAUAACGACAGUAUCACAAGAGACUUCGGUGUUGUUGCUGAGCAUCUUGACUUUGAAAACAAAGAAUUGACUAUAGAAACAGUGAACAAAUUUGUAUCCGAUUCAACUCACAAAAUGAUUCCAAGUCUAUUGAACGACGACUUCUACCGCCCGGAAAUGCGUGCUUUUCUAGUAAAUGCUGUUUAUUUCAAAGGAUUAUGGGCAACACAAUUUUCACCCAAUGCAACCAAUGAGGAUACGUUCCAUGGCAUCAAGGGCGAUCGAGAGGCAAGAUUUGGAUUAGAUUAUCAACAAAAACUUCUCCAAGAUCACGAUCACAAACAAUUGUUCAUGCGGUACUUUGAACUCAAGGAAUGCCGAUAUAGCAAGGAAGAAGAAGCUGAAGUCUUAGUAUUACCCUAUAAGGACAACCAGUACAAAUUCGUCAUUUUCCUCCCAUCGGAAGGAGCGAAGUUUGAGGAUUUCCGCACCAGCUUGACCGGUGAAAUUCUG